GGACAAAAAUAAAAAAAUCUUUGGUGUAGGAAGCAAGCCAAGAAAGAAACGUAUGAAGUUAGCCGAAAUUAGCAUCAUCACAUGCCGUCCAAUAUCCAAACCAUAUUUCCAAAUCUCAUCCACCCAAUUUAACCUAAUUCAUAAAAGACCUUUUAUUUAUUAUUUAUUUUGUUUUUAUUUUUUCCUCCUAACUACCUCCUUCCCAACUCUCUUUCCCUCGCCCCUAUAUCAUGCCAAUUUCUCCCUUUCUUCUCUGAAUAUUCAAUAUUAAAAGUUUAGUUUUCUUAUUCUGUGAAAAUGGCACCUGCUGCAGUUGAAUUCCCUGGAUCUUCGUCUUCAUUCAAGAGGGUUUGUGUAAUGGAUGCUGGGGGAUGUUUUGGGUCUGCACUUGUUCAUCGUCUUCUUCAAAGGGGCUAUAUUGUUCAUGCCGCAAUCAGCAGUCAUGUUGAGAUGCAGUCUAUGGCUGGAGAUAGUAAGAACUUGAGAGUGUUUCACACAGACCCAUUGGAUUAUCACAGUAUAGUGGAAGCUUUGGAAGGAUGUUAUGGCUUGUUCUACUCUUUUCAACCCCCCUCUGAUCACCCUUCCUAUGAUGAAUCCAUGGCUGAAAUGGAGGUACGCGCAGCACAUAACGUACUCGAAGCAUGUGCGCAAACCGACACUAUUGACAAAGUGGUCUUUACGUCAUCCGCCACGGCUGUACUUUGGCGGGACCCGAGUGACUCGACUCCUUCAUCACAAGAUGUUGAUGAAAGAAACUGGAGCAAUGUUAAUUUCUGCAAGAAAUUUAAGUUAUGGCACGGGUUGUCAAAAACUCUAGCGGAAAAGACAGCGUGGGCACUAGCCAUGGACAGAGGGGUGAGCAUGGUUACCAUAAAUGCAGGAUUAUUGCUGAGCCCUGAUCUCACCAUCACGCACCCCUACUUAAAAGGGGCAGCUGAGAUGUAUGAAGAUGGUGUUUUUGUUACUGUUGACCUCAAAUUCUUGGUGGAUUCUCAUAUUUGUGUAUUCGAAGACGUUUCUGCGUAUGGUCGAUAUUUGUGCUUCAAUCGUGUCGUUAAUUGCAAUGAGGAUGCUGUGAAGCUUGCCCAGAUCCUAUUACCCCCAGAUGUGUCUUCACUUCCACCAAGCAUAACCGUAGGGGAGAGCAGAAUGGUGCCACAAAGAAUAAGCAACAAGAAGCUCAACAAGCUUAUGGUUAACUUUGACUCUCAAGUUCCAACUCUUAGCUCGUAAAUUUGAAAUUAUUGAUACAAGAUUGGAUAUAUUCCAGAUUAGAUCAGAAUAGAUGAUUUGAUCACAAAGAUAAAAGUGCAAUGUAUGUGGUUACAAGUUACAACCUCAUUCAAGUUUCAAAAUAUAUAAUUAUAUAGUUUAAUAUUCUUUUAUUAGA